AACUUAUUAUUCUCUCUCUUUCUUUCUCUCUGAGAGGACACUUAAAAAAAAUGGCGAUGAGACUUUUGAAGACUCAUCUUCUGUUUCUGCAUCUGUAUCUAUUUUUCUCACCAUGUUUCGCUAACACUGACAUGGAAGUUCUCCUCAAUCUCAAAUCUUCCAUGAUUGGUCCUAACGGCACCGGUCUCCACGACUGGAUUCACUCAUCUUCACCAGCAGCUCACUGUUCUUUCUCCGGCGUUUUAUGUGACGGCGAUGCUCGUGUUAUCUCUCUCAACGUCUCCUUUACUCCUUUGUUUGGUACUAUCUCACCCGAGAUUGGGAUGUUGAAUCGUUUGGUGAAUCUAACUUUAGCUGCCAAUAAUUUCUCCGGUGCAUUACCAUUGGAGAUGAAGAGUCUAACUUCUCUCAAGGUUUUGAAUAUCUCCAACAAUGGAAACCUUAAUGGAAGCUUCCCUGGAGAGAUUGUUAAAGCUAUGGUUGAUCUUGAAGUUCUUGACGCUUAUAACAACGGUUUCACCGGUACGUUACCACCGGAGAUUCCAGAGCUUAAGAAGCUCAAACACCUCUCCCUCGGUGGGAAUUUCUUCAACGGAGAGAUUCCAGAGAGUUACGGAGAUUUCCAAAGCUUAGAGUAUCUUGGUCUCAACGGAGCUGGACUCUCCGGUAAAUCUCCGGCGUUUCUAUCUCGACUCAAGAACCUAAAAGAAAUGUAUGUUGGCUACUACAACAGCUACACCGGCGGUAUUCCACCGGAGUUCGGCGGUUUAACAAAGCUUGAGAUCCUCGACAUGGCUAGUUGCACUCUCACCGGAGAGAUUCCGACGAGUUUAAGUAACCUGAAACAUUUACAUACUCUGUUUCUUCAUGUCAACAACUUAACCGGUCAUAUACCACCGGAGCUUUCCGGUUUAGUCAGCUUGAAAUCUCUCGAUUUAUCAAUCAACCAGUUAACCGGAGAAAUUCCUCAAAGCUUCAUCGAUCUCGGAAACAUCACUCUGAUCAAUCUCUUCAGGAACAAUCUCUACGGACAAAUACCAGACUUCAUCGGAGAAUUACCAAAGCUCGAAGUCUUUGAAGUGUGGGAGAACAACUUCACCUUACAAUUACCGGCGAAUCUUGGCCGGAACGGGAAUCUGAUUAAGCUCGAUGUAUCUCAUAAUCAUCUCACCGGACUUAUCCCCAUGGAUUUGUGCAGAGGUGAGAAAUUGGAGAUGUUGAUUCUCACUAAUAACUUCUUCUUUGGUCCGAUUCCAGAAGAGCUUGGUAAAUGCAAGUCGUUAAACAAAAUCAGAAUCGUUAAGAAUCUUCUCAACGGAACUGUUCCGGCGGGGCUUUUCAAUCUACCGUUAGUUACGAUUAUCGAACUCACUGAUAAUUUCUUCUCCGGUGAACUUCCGUCAACGAUGUCCGGCGAUGUUCUCGAUCAGAUUUACCUCUCAAACAACUGGUUUUCCGGCGAGAUUCCACCUGCGAUCGGGAAUUUCCCCAAUUUACAGACUCUGUUCUUAGAUCGGAACCGAUUUCGCGGGAAUAUUCCAAGAGAAAUCUUCGAAUUGAAACAUUUAUCAAAGAUCAACACAAGUGCCAACAACAUCACCGGCGUUAUUCCAGAUUCAAUCUCUCGCUGUACUACUUUAAUCUCCGUCGAUCUCAGCCGUAACCGAAUCACCGGAGAAAUCCCUAAAGAUAUCAACAACGUGAUUAACUUAGGAACUCUUAAUCUCUCCGGUAAUCAACUCACCGGUUCAAUCCCUACCAGAAUCGGAAACAUGACGAGUUUAACAACACUCGAUCUCUCUUUCAACGAUCUCUCCGGAAGAGUACCACUCGGUGGUCAAUUCAUGGUGUUCAACGAAACUUCAUUCGCCGGAAACACUUACCUCUGUCUCCCUCACCGCGUCUCAUGUCCAACACGGCCAGGACAAACCUCCGAUCACAACCACACGGCGUUAUUCUCACCGUCGAGGAUCGUACUCACGGUUAUCGCAGCGAUCACAGCUUUGAUCUUAAUCAGUGUAGCGAUUCGUCAGAUGAAGAAGAAGAAGAACCAGAAAUCUCUCGCCUGGAAACUAACCGCCUUCCAGAAACUAGAUUUCAAAUCCGAAGACGUUCUCGAGUGUCUUAAAGAAGAGAACAUAAUCGGCAAAGGAGGAGCUGGAAUCGUCUAUCGUGGAUCCAUGCCAAACAACGUAGACGUCGCGAUCAAACGACUCGUUGGCCGUGGAACCGGGAGGAGCGAUCAUGGAUUCACGGCGGAGAUUCAAACAUUGGGAAGAAUCCGCCACCGUCAUAUAGUGAGACUUCUUGGUUACGUAGCGAACAAGGAUACGAAUCUUCUUCUCUAUGAGUACAUGCCUAACGGAAGCCUUGGAGAGCUUUUGCAUGGAUCUAAAGCCCAUGUUGCUGAUUUUGGGCUUGCUAAGUUCUUAGUGGAUGGUGCUGCUUCUGAGUGUAUGUCUUCAAUUGCUGGCUCUUAUGGAUACAUCGCCCCAGAGUAUGCUUACACCUUGAAAGUGGACGAGAAGAGUGAUGUUUAUAGUUUCGGAGUGGUUUUGUUGGAGUUAAUAGCUGGGAAGAAACCUGUUGGUGAAUUUGGAGAAGGAGUGGACAUAGUUAGGUGGGUGAGGAACACGGAAGAGGAGAUAACUCAGCCGUCAGAUGCUGCUAUUGUUGUUGCGAUCGUUGACCCGAGGUUGACUGGUUACCCGUUGACCAGUGUGAUUCAUGUGUUCAAGAUAGCGAUGAUGUGUGUGGAGGAUGAAGCCGCGGCAAGGCCUACAAUGAGGGAAGUUGUGCACAUGCUCACUAACCCUCCUAAAUCUGUGGCUAACUUGAUCGCGUUCUGACCAAAGCAAAAGAUAAAAUGAAAAAUAAGAUGUGUAAUGUUGCGAUAAUUUUUUUGGGUGUUCUUAUUUAUGGUUCAAAUACUUUCGGGUUGUAUAUUUGUUGUGUUUCAAUUUGUAUAUUACCUCUUAUGUGUUCUUAUCUACUCGAGUAUGUAAUGUAAUCAAUAUGCUUGUUGCUAGCUAAUUCACCUUUCAGAGUGUAUAAAAUAAAAAGAAUGUGAGAGC